CUACUUCGUCUACCAAAAAUGUGAUACAACCAUCAAUUCAUUGUCAAUGUAACGUUACCGUUUGCAGAGGAAACAUCGUGCGGUGUAAUCAGAAAUUCAAAGCACAUUCCUUCCGUAAAGUUUUUUUUUGUUAGUUUGUAUGUUGAGUGCAGUCAGUGCGUUUUACCGUCGUGUGUGAUUUAUUUAUUUUUGUGAUAAGAAUAAAAAAAGAAUUAUCCGGACAACCAAUUUCCUAAAUUGCAAGUGAAAUUAGCAACAAUGCGUCUUUUAAUCUGUGUUCUAAUGACGAUAGUAGUGUUGGACAGUGGAAUAGCAGCGCAGGAUGAUGAUUCCUAUCUAUCGGCACUGCAGAAUUCACAUGAUGUGGAUACAUUACAAGACGGUGACAAUCGGGUUGCUCGUGAUGAUUUCCAACCAUCCGUCGAACACCACCAUCACGAUAGUGUAGUAUCUUCGCCGGUACCAAACUACGAAUAUCCGAAACCAGAGUAUGGAGCUCCAUCGUAUCCGAAAACCGAAUACGGACCACCGUCAUAUAAUUUUAAACCCGUCUACGGUGCACCGAUUCAUCAUCCCGUUUAUCGCGUACCACAGCAUAACCAUUACGAUUAUUUGCCAGCGCCGACAUACAAUGCACCGAGAGACAACUGGUUCAGUUUGGACAAAUUCAAAUUCAAUUUUGAUUUGUUCACAGUUGGAAAGAUUUUGCUGAAAUUGUUGAUUUUCAAGAAAAUUAUCAAAUUCAUGGCUUUGAUUUGCUUGCUGCUAUUUUUGCCCAAGCUCCAAAGUGAUAGCACUACCAGUACGGUUGUUCAUGAUGAAGGACGACAAUUGAAUGCAAAAUAUGACCUGAAAACACGAAUCGACGAAACCACGAAAUUUGCUGUAACGGCAGUGAAUGCUUUCAAACGGAAAUAUCCCGACUCUUGCCUUGGUCCAAUGGACCUUUCAUGUAAAUUUGGGAAAAUGUUCGAUACCAUCGACGAUAAAUAUUCGUAUGAAAGCAUUCUACGACUGUACCUUCCCGACUCUGUUACGCCAGAUGCAGAGGAACCAGAGACAUCGUGAAACUUACUGAUUAUUGAAAGUGAUAAAGCAAAAUCCUAGCAGACAAUUGCUGUUUAUUUAUUCUAAUUUAAUUAAAAAAAUUAUUUAUUUUCCAUUUUCUAAAAA